CGAUAACUGUCCGAUAAUCCGCCAAUUGCUGCUGGCAGGGAAUGAAAGGCAGAAGUCGUGGACAUCUGCUGAUAAGAGUUGAUUGGCUUCAGCAGCAUAAGAAGUUGCUCCGAUAAACAACGAUGACAGACCCUAGUGCAACCAAGAACCUGGAGGAGUUCGGCUAUGGCCUGCAUGAGCAAUUAAGCAAUGCGAAUCCCGGCAAGAAUCUCAUUUACUCGCCCCUGUCCAUACAAAUGUGUGCGGCAAUGGUGCGCAUGGGGGCAGAGGAGGGGACGGCCACAGCCCGGGAACUGGACGAGGGACUGCGGUUCAGUGCCAGCAAUGUGGACAAAAUAGCCGAUGGCUUCGAGGCUGUAUUCUCUGCCUUUCGGCAGUGCAAGGCUCUGAAGAUGGCAAACAAGCUGUUCAUCAUGAAGGAGUGCAAGCCCAAUCAGAGGUUUGCCAGUAUUCUGGAGAAGAAGUAUCACUCCAAGCCGAUGAGCAUUGACUUCGGGAGCAGCUCAGCUGCGGAGACCAUCAACAGUUGGGUGGAGGAGGAGACCAACAAGCUCAUCAAGAAUAUUGUCAGUCCGGGCGCCCUGACCAACAGCACUCACCUGGUCCUAGUCAAUGCCAUCUACUUUAAGGGCGUCUGGUCCAUAAGGUUCGAUGAGGAGGAUACGCGCGAGGAGGAGUUUUUCCUGGAGAAGGGCAAACCCAUCAAGGUGUCCAUGAUGAAGGUUGUGCACAAGUUUAUGUAUGCGGAACUGCCCAAACUGGGGGCAAGAGCCAUCAAAAUGCUAUACACAGACUGCAACCUAUCCAUGAUUAUAAUUUUGCCCAACGAAAGUACAGGUCUGAAGACUCUGGAGCAAAAGCUACCGACCACCUCCUUAAAGGCUAUUACAUCCGACAUGUCCCUCAUAAAAGUUGAUGUCAAGAUCCCUAAGUUUAGAGUCGAAUUUGAGCAGGAGUUGUCCUCAGCCUUUAAGAAGAUGGGCAUAAAGCGUAUAUUCAGCGACGAGGCCGAGCUGGGCCAGAUUUUGGAGUACCAGGAGGCCAUCAAGGUCUCCCAGAUAUUACACAAAGCCUUCAUAGAUGUCAACGAGGUGGGAACGGAAGCGGCCGCCGCAACGGCUGCUGUUAUGGUAAUGCGAAGCCUGCCCGCCACCCCAGUGGAUCGACCAAAGGCCUUUCACGCCAACAGACCCUUCUACUAUACGAUCUGUGAUCGCAAUCAUGGCAUCCUCUUUGUGGGAAGCGUGACGGCUGGGGUGUAUGGAACAGUGACGAACAUUUGUGGAGCUUGCUGGCUGCCCUCGCUGCUCUUCCUUACCAUCACCCUUUCUCCGUUCGUCGAGCCGGUCCAGACCACCAGUGACGUCACGAUGCCAGAAACCAAAGAAGUGGAAUUCUCACGCCGGCUGGCCAUCUUCUCCCUGAACGUGUACCAGAAGCUGUCGCUGCUGAAGCCUGGCGAGAACCUGGUCUUCUCCCCCUUCUCCAUACAGACCUGCGCGGCCAUGGCCCGCCUAGGAGCCGAGGGGGAGACGGCCGCGGAGCUGGACCGAGGCCUGGGACUGGUCUCGAGCGACGCUGCAAAGAUAGCCCAGAGUUUCCACCAAGUGCUGGCCGCCUACGAGAAGAGCCAGAUCCUGCACAUAGCCAACAAGAUCUUCGUGAUGCAGGGAUACCCGCUUCGCGAGGAGUUCAACCAGCUGCUCACCAAGGAGUUCCUCUCGGCAGCGCAGAGCGUAAACUUUGCCGAGAGCGCACAGGCUGCAGGCACCAUCAACGCGUGGGUGGAGCAGAGUACCAAUAAUCUGAUCAAGGACCUGGUGCCGUCUAGCGCCCUGGACGCCAACUCGCGCCUGGUCCUGGUCAAUGCCAUCCACUUCAAGGGCACCUGGGAGCACAAGUUCCCCCAGCACGCCACUCAGCAGGAGUUAUUCCACCUGAACGAGGAGCAUAGCACAAAGGUACCGAUGAUGAACUUGAAGAAGAAAUUCCGCUAUGCAGAUCUGCCCGACCUGGGUGCCGCUGCCUUGGAAUUGGGCUACGCGGACUCGGAUUUGUCCAUGCUGGUUGUUCUGCCCAAUAGCAGGACUGGCCUGCCGGCACUGGAGGAAAAACUACGGGGAACGCUGCUGUCGGUGAUCACCCAGUCGCUGCAGAAGACCGAGGUGGUGGUCAAACUGCCCAAGUUCAGGGCAGAAUUCCAGGUGGAGCUGUCUGAGGUAUUCAAGCAGCUGGGCAUGUCCAAGAUGUUCGGCAACAAUGCAGAAUUCAACAAAAUGCUUCAGAGUCCCGAGCAGUUGAAGGUGUCGGCCAUCAUCCACAAAGCAUUCAUCGAUGUUAACGAGGAGGGCACCGAGGCGGCAGCAGCAACUGGCGCCGUGGUCCGAAUGAAGCGCAGUAUUGUAUCAUUAGCGGAACCCAUUGAGUUCCAUGCCGAUCAUCCAUUCAUCUAUGCUCUGGUCCAUCGAGCGGACCUUCCCCUGUUCUGGGGCUCUGUGGUGCGGCCCCAGGAGAUGGCCUCUGAGUCCGGUGCAGCGCACAACGAGCUAAAUUUAAUGCCAUUCCGAUACUACGAGACCCCACUGUCAUAUGCAUCUACAGGUAUGUUGAUGAUGCGUUCCCGGAUUCCCAGGAUCCAGCCAGAUUCCAAACACUUUUAUGCCGAGCAUCCAUUUAAAUUUUACAUCAUAAACAAGGACCGGACAGUUCUCUUUGCUGGAAAAUUUUUAAAACUUUAAAUCUGAUCUUCAGACCAAACUAAAACUUAAGACUGCACAAGAUCAAUGAUCUUAAACAUACACAAGCAUUUUUACUAUCUCAGCAUGUAAGAGCACCGUUUUUAAUAAAGCUUUGCCAAAUAUUAAUCCA